ACGCUGUGACUGGACAACACGUGUGCACCACCAGGUGGCCCCAAUUGGUUGUAAGUUGUAAUAAACCCAUAAGGGCUUCAGAGUUCAGACAAGCCUUUUAUUCACGCACAAAGCACGCCAUUUCGGAAUCUGAGGAUAAAAUUUCGGCUCGGUAAUGGGCGUGGAUCAAAAUGUUGUUAAGCAGGAAGUGGAGGAUGAAGUGUUCAGAAUGGCGUCGUCUCGGGAGAGCCGAAGGUCCAGGGAAGAAGACGUGACUCUGGCUCAGUUGUCCCAGACUGUGCGGACCUUCGCUCCCUCCACGCCGCAGUCACUAACAAAGACCAAGCUCAAGUCUUCUACUCGGACUAAACAGAAAAAGUGUGUAGAGAAAAAAGAGAAAGGUUUUGGGAUCAAGAGGAGGCGUUCGACUUUCAAAUUGAAGCACGAGGCAUCUGAUCAUUCACCAAAGUCUGCAAGCCGUAAACGAAAUAAGGCUGCAGUUGAUGGCUCAUCUACUCCUCUUAAAGCUAAGACAUCUGCUCUGAUUCGAGCAGAGGAGGUUCAGUCAAAUCUGGGCCCUGAAUUCCCUAGCUUUGUGAAAGUUUUGGUCAGAUCACAUGUGUCUAGUUGUUUUUGGAUGGGGCUUCCUGGGCCAUUCUGUGAUAUGCACCUACCAAAAAAGGAUGUUAUCAUUACUUUGGAAGAUGAAAGUGGGGCAGCUUCUCAGAUUAAAUAUAUCGCAGACAAGACAGGACUAAGUGCUGGGUGGAGACGGUUUUCCAUGGAUCACAAGUUGCUUGAGGGAGAUGUUUUGGUCUUCCAUUUAGUUGAGCCAACCUCAUUUAAGGUGUAUAUAAUAAGGGCAAAUGAUUUGACUGAAGUCGAUGGCGCUCUUGGCCUUCUAGAACUGGACACUCAUACAAAAAGUGAUGCCGGCAAGCUGGUUGCUGUCUCUGUAAUUGCAGAUCUGGAUACAGUUGCUUGUAAAAGUUCGAAGAGGAAGCAUUCAAAAUCUCUUCCACUGGUUGUUUUCCAAAAGAAGAAUAGGAACACAGGAUCAAUUCCGAACCUUAUGCUGAGAGAACAAUCUGAAAAUGACAGUGAAGGGACUGGUUCAGAAGUUUUGGAAGGUUCCAAAUUCUUUGAGCCUGCAGUUCAAUUCAAAGACAUAAGUUUUGAUAAUUUCAACAUUUUGGUGGAUGGGCUGCUUAUUGAUUCUGAGCUCCCAGAAGAUACUAGAGCGAAGUACUAUGAGCUUUGCUGCAGUCAGAAUGCAUUUCUUCAUGAGAAAAUUGUCGAGGGCUUAAAUUGUAGGUUGAUUGCUGAAAUUAUUUCUCAGACAGUUCAGAUUGCUGAUACCCUGAGAGCUUGCAAGCUUACUACUUCUCGGGUUGAGUUUACAAAUUGGGAGAGGACUUUGAAAGCCUUUGAGGUUCUGGGCAUGAAUGUUGGAUUUUUACAAGCUCGACUGGACCAUCUUGUGAGCCUUGCCUUUGACUCAGAAGGUGCCAUGUACUCGAGGCAGUACAUGGAGGUCACGAUCGAACGAGCUCAUGCAGAAGAUGAGAUGAGAGAUCUCGAAGAUAAGCUUAUGGAACUAAAAGCAGCAUCUGAAAGGAUGGAUGCUGAUAUAGAGACUCUGAAGGAAGCAGUUGAGAGCCAUGUAAUCAGGUUCCAAGAAGAGGUUGUCGCACCCUGGUAACGUGCCAUUUGUUAUGUUCCAACUCCAUAUUUUGUAUCCCUCGGUUAUGGCUGCUUGUGUUUUAUAAAACUGCUGACCCCUUGCUUUCAUGAAAAAUGUAGUUGUGCAGAACUGCCAUUCUAGGCAUGUUGUAAUUUCUCAAGGACUUCAUUAUUAGAAAGAAGUGAAGUUAAUCCUAUUUAUAUGGUUCGACAUUCCACUCA